ACAAAUGCAGCCCCAGAAGGGCAGCUCCCGGGCACCUGGGCCCUGCUUGCACCUUGCAGCUCCACUUUUGCACUUUCCCUGGUGCUGGAUUCUGUGCUGCCUGUGGGUGCUGGUCUCCUCUUUGAUGCUACAACUCAUUCCUAACCCAAGACACUUCCCAGCUCCAUCCCUACUCAUUCGUCCAAUCCCUCAGUGGAGCUGGAAUAUCACCCCAAAUGAAGCCCAGAGUCAGAGAAAACUAUUUGCCUACCUGAAAACGUGAUCCUACAAAAUGUGAGCCCAAAAGGUCCUGCGGCAAGGGCCACAAGAGUGGCAGGUAGGAAAACCCAUAAGGGUUUGGAGAGAAAGGAGAGCCCCCUGACCUCUGUCCUCACUCUCCCUUCCUACAGCAUUUCUGAGCUUUGGCGAACUAAAGUGGGGGUGAGAUGGUGCUGAUCUGCCUUGGCAGGAAGGAGCCAGCACACGGUGACCAGAAAAAGCAGACUGAAUUUAAUUCAGCUUUAAUAUUGUUCUUAAAUUCUCUAUAGACAAUGCACCCCCUCCUUACUGCACCCAGAGCAGACCGAGGCCAACACCCCCUGCCCAAUGGGCCCCAAUGGGAGGACAAGCAGGGCAUGGAUGGUUGCCCCAUUGCACAGUUGUCCAAACUGAGCUCCAGAGAUAUAAAUCAACUCACAUCCAUCGCUCCACCGUUUGUGGUCUGGACUGAGAUUAAGCCCAGGUGUGGCAACUCCCAGUCCAGAAUUAAAAAGCAAAUACACACAGAUACAUACCCUGGCAUAUCUCAGAAUAGGCUGUGUCCAGAUGUGCACCCAAACUUGCCUAUUGGAAGCAUGACUAUAGUCAGUUAUGACAAGAGCCACCGAGGGCCCUGCAGGAGUUCCAGGAGCCUGGCCUGGCAAUGCCACUUUGACCCAACUCUGCCCAUCAGGGCUAGAGUGCUCAGCUUCACCCCCCCCCCCCCCACCAUGUGCCCUCUGCCUCGGUCUGCCUGUGUGUCUGUCUGUCUGUCUGUCCAGCAGAGGAAAUAUGAUCUGCACUACCGCAUCGCCCUCAUCGUCAACUACCUGGGCCACUGCAUUUCUGUGGCCACACUCGUGGCAGCCUUCCUGCUUUUCCUGGCCCUGCGGAGCAUCCGCUGUCUGCGGAAUGUGAUUCACUGGAACCUCAUCACCACCUUUAUCCUGAGAAAUGUCAUGUGGUUCCUGCUGCAACUGAUCAACCACGAAGUGCAUGAGAGCAACGAGGUCUGGUGUCGCUGCAUCACCACCAUCUUCAACUACUUCGUGGUGACCAACUUCUUCUGGAUGUUCAUGGAGGGCUGCUACCUGCACACGGCCAUUGCCAUGACCUACUCCACUGAGCGCCUGCGCAAAUGGCUCUUCCUCUUCAUCGGAUGGUGCAUCCCCUGCCCCAUCAUCAUUGCCUGGGCCAUUGGAAAACUCUACUAUGAGAAUGAACAGUGCUGGUUUGGCAAGGAACCAGGUGACCUGGUGGACUACAUCUACCAAGGCCCCAUCAUCCUCGUGCUCCUGAUCAAUUUUAUAUUUCUGUUCAACAUCGUCAGGAUCUUAAUGACAAAGUUACGAGCAUCCACCACAUCUGAGAUGAUCCAGUACAGGAAGGCGGUGAAGGCCACCCUGGUUCUUCUGCCUCUGCUGGGCAUCACCUACAUGCUCUUCUUCGUCAAUCCUGGAGAGGACAACCUGUCGCAGAUCGUGUUCAUCUAUUUCAACUCCUUCCUGCAGUCCUUCCAGGGUUUCUUCGUGUCUGUCUUCUACUGCUUCUUCAAUGGAGAGGUCCGCUCGGCCAUGAGGAAGAGGUGGCACCGCUGGCAGGACCAUCACUCGCUCCAAGUCCCCGUGGCCCGGGCCAUGUCCAUCCCCACCUCUCCCACGCGCAUCAGCUUCCACAGCAUCAAGCAGACGGCUGCCGUGUGACCCCCACUCACCCCCACCAUCUGGGCAUCCUCCCCGUCCUCCUCUGCUUUUCUCUGGGCUCUCCUUGUCAUGCAGGCCCCCACAGGGCCUGGGAGAAGGGAAGGAAGGGUCAGUUCUCUAGCCUGGCAGAAGACAGGCCUAUCACUGUGGAAGGGGACUUGGGGGACCAGGGCUGGCCGGGCCCGGAAGUCUUGGGACAAGAGGGAACCAAGCAGGGGACGAGUGAACAUCACGAAAGACUGAGUCAGAUGCCUUUGGGUGUUGGCCCACAUCAGCCUCUUUCUCCUGAUCCUUGCUGUGGCCCCUUUCACACAUGAGGAAACUGAGGCCCAGAGAGGGAAAGAGCCUGCCCCAGGCACACAGCUGCUAGUAGCAGGUGCAGGGCUCUUCUACCUGGCCUGGUGAUGGUUCAGCCCUGCUCCCUGCCUCCUGCCUCCAUGCUUGCUGGCACCCUCUGCAGCUGGGGGAGGCACACCAGCUGGAGCAAAGGAUUCAUUCUCAGGCUUCAUCCCAAGGGCCCGCUUGGAGAAUCUUCACCUGUCCUCCAUCCCUGACCAGGCCACCCCUCCCCACUGGAGCCUCUGAGAAGGAUGCUUGGCUUCAGGGCCUGGGAAACACCUUCUGAAUCUAGUCCACAGAUCAGGGGCUUGGGGAAGAGCAGGCCAGGGAGCAAGAUGGGGUCAGAGCAGCCAGUACUCUCAGGCCAAGCAGAUAUAUAGUAUAGAACAAAACAGGUACAGAAGAAUAAGUGUGAGGGGGUGGGGGUGGAAUACCAGAAGCCAAAGGUCUUUGGUGAUUGGAACUAAUCUGCUAGCCUGUGAAAGAAACCGUGCCUCCAUGGAAAUGGCCUACACUCAGGGCAAGAUGACCAAGCUCCUGCAGGCAUGGGGUUUUGUAUCGAGUCUGAGGAUAGAGAGGCAUCUGUGCAAAGAUGGGUGGCUCUCCUCCCAAAGAAUUUCUGCAACCAGGCUGGGGUGUUUGCAAGCCCCUUCAGGUUUGUACGGAUGCAUCCUUGCUUGCAGAGACGCUGACCUGGCCUCAGCUGAGUCUCCCUCUAGGUUUGGAGCUCAGGCCAAAGCCCCUGUGGGCCUGUCCCUUACCAUCACCCACCCCCACCCCCACGCAAGGGCGGUUUAAGUCAGCGUGUAGAGGUGGACAGCUCAGCCGGCACACCCAGGGACUGUCCCAAAAGCCAGGGUUCUGGAAUCUGUAGGGAAGUGUAGACAAGACCUGUCAUCCUCCAUGAGCAACAACCGUGGGACAGUUUCCCAGCUCGGCUGUCAUCCCUGCACCCCUCCUGGAGAGCGGACCAGAGUCAGGGAGCAGAGACAGAGAGCCAUCAGACUUGCAAAGGAAAGGGCUUUUGCUCUAAUACUGCCCCCACCCAAAUAAAUUGUGGAAACUGUGUAUCCCAUCUUGCACGUUUUUGAGUUGACAUCUAAUAUUUUUUACAUUGUUUUUAAGACUUGCAAAGGAUGUAAUUUCUGGCAUUUGGUAAAUAUUUACAUUUUAAAAUAAAACUGUCACAACACUUUCAAAUACAUCAAAUGGAAUCCAAACAUCGUAGUGAUUUAUUACCCAUCCUCAUCUAUUUAAAAACAAGUUGUUCAACAGUGGGAAAUCUUACACUGUUCUUUUUCUUUUCAAACUCAGAUUUUCAUUUGAUUUCCCUGAUAGAAUGUUAUACUAAUACAGUAUAUUUUUAUUGUUCACCUUGUCGUAC